AACUAGUUGUCAUACCCAUAAAAGCUGUUUGUUUACGUAAAAUUGAAAUAUAUUUAAAAGGGAUAUAUAAAAAAGACGUGGAAUAGUAUUUAUAACUAAAAAAUAAUGGAUGAUGAUGAUUAUUGGAAUACAAGCGAAACUAAAGCCAAAGCUUUUAGUUUCGACGAUGAUGUGCUAUCAACUCGCGAGAUUCUGGCCAUAGGUCAGAAAUCACACCCUGGUCAAUCAGUUGACAGUGUGUUUACUACUUUAAAUGAUGCCCGAAAUGAACUGCUGCCAAUAUCCAGUCUAGUGUCACCCAAAGUUUUAGACUUGAUGAUACUAGCACAGUCGGGCAGAGAUCCGAACAACAUCAAAGAUUCCGAACAAACUUUAGCAAUAACACUGAAGAGGAUUAUAUUGGGUCGCUCAUUCUCUCUGCAUCAAUACAAGAGCUUGAGAAAUAAAACAGAAUUAUUAGAUGGCGCUAUAAGUAUUGGGGACGGAAAUGCAAUUUUAACUGUCGUGUUAUAUUUGAUACAAACAUUGAAUAAGAAAUUGGUGUAUGAACUAUUGAGCGCUCGACCUUUGGCAUUAAAUCAUUAUAUUAGUUUUUUACAAACUGAGGGGAAAAUAACAGAAUUAACUGAUUUAUUAACAAUGCUAGGCAGAAGUUCUGAGGCAGCUGUCUUUCAAUUCCAGCACAUAGUAAAAACUCAAGGGAACAGUAUUGACGGUUUGUUACGGAAAGUGAAUAAUUUGCUAUCAAAUCACUUCAACCAACCCGGUAUGGACGCUCAUCAGAACAAAAUGGUGGCGGAUUACAUUAAACUAUUAGAAUGGCAGAAGUGUAGCUCUAUCCCAGAGCUUUACAACGCAUCAGCUCUGUCCUGUCUAUUACACUGUGUAACACAUCAUUGGACUGAGGGCGCGGGAAAUAUGAUGUCACCAUUGACACUAUGUCAGAGACAACAGGUCACACCGCUUCAGUAUGAUUGGGUUGUGUUGAACAUUCACGCUAAUACAAAUAAAUGGGACGUCGUUGAAUCUUUGUUCACAAAAAAAGACUGGCUCGGCCGGACGACAGUAUCGUCUCACAUACCGAUAGAGACUUUAAUAUCUCGUUUAAGCGAACUUAAGGCUUCGGUUCAAAUUAUCGCCACGUGCCUGAAUAAAUUAACUAACACUGAAGAUAGAUUGAGAUUGGCGCAGAAGUACAAGGUACAUUCAGUGGUUAUAGACAUUUACGCCAAACAGAAGGACAGAGACGCUCUCACCAACUACAAGAUGACAUUAAAUCCGCAGUCCGAAGAAUACAUACUGGCCGAGAACAUGAGCAGAGACACGUCAAUAAAGUGGAAGAACUGACGAAGCGUUCAAGAAUUUUAAGAUAAAGAAAACAAUGAGAUGACGACGGGACUACAAGCAUUACUAUAUAUAUAUAUAUAAAUUUAUUUAUUUGCUUGUUUAAAAUUUUAUAUCAAAUAUACUAAAUAAUUGAACUUAUAAUAA